AUGGACUUGUAGUCAAGUGAAAUGAGCCAAUCUCAUAAAUAAGCCUAACUUGAUGUUGAAGAUCGUAUUUAAGGCUUAAAAAACACUUUAGCAUUAAAAAAAUUUUUUAGAUUCAAUUUUAGGAAUGAUGAAAAUCAGGAAUUAAAUUAAUUAGCCAUACCAUAACUAAAUAAACUCAAUACUGAAUCAUCUUAAUCAAGCAUAAAUUCAUAAUAGGUCUAACGCGUUUUUGCAGAUACUAAUAUUCUAUUGGAAAGGAAACUUAUUGAUAUAACUAAAAUUUAUGAUAUAAUUAAUACAGGUUUCGUUUUUGAAGUAAUUGUUUUAAGGAAAGAUGAAAAAUAAAGAGCCCUUAUUGUUAGUUUAAAUAAAUUUCACUCUAUUUGUGAUUAAUGUAAUUUAUAACAAAUGAGUGAAUAAGAUUUUUAGAAUUACAGAGAAAAGUAAUAAUAAUUAAUAGAGCUUCAGUAUGUUUAUCUUUACAAAAUCUAAGCUAUUAUCAAGGAGAGUGAUUUGAUUGACUACUUUAGUAUUUUUAGCAAUGAUUUUAACUAUGAUAAAAUCAAUGAAGGAGAUGAAUUGUAUGCAGUAAUCACAAAAAAUUGGCUUUCAAAUGUUUCUUAAUAAGAAUAAUUGAGCACUCUCAACUCAGAUUAAAGGUAUUAGCUUUUAGAACUAAGCUGCAAAAAUGAAGUACUUUAAAAUUCUAAAUUUCUUUCCAUCUAAAACAUUUUGGAUCCUCGAACAUAUGAUCCAAGUGAUGAUUUAUUUAUCAGACUUGGAAGCAAGCCUGAUAAUAAUAUAAAAGCAACAUAAGAUGAUAUGCUAUAUCUAGAAAAGUAUAGUGUUUUUCCAUACGACUUAUAAAUUCGUAGAUCUACAACCUUGAAGAAUAUAGAAAUUAAAUUCUUGAUAUAUCAUCCUUCUUAGAAUGAGAAACGAGUAGUUAAUAUUUUUAUCAACAUAAACAGGAUUAGGGAACUUCAAAACAUAAGGUGGGCAAAGUAGUCUCUAGAUGAAGCAACAAGACUAAUCAAAGAGAAUAAGCAUCCACAGGCAUUAUAAUAUCUCAGCACAGCACAAGACUUUGAUCCUUACAUGCCAUAAAUUUACGUCACAAGAGGAUGUGCUUUAGCAAAUUUAGGAAAAUAUAAGGAGGGCAUAAUAGAGCUUAAAAAAGGACUGCAGCUGGACCCAGAUGACGAAAUUACUAAAAAAUAUUUAGAGAGAGUUUUGAAAAAGUAUGAGGAAGAAUAGAGAUUUUUGUAUACAAAAUAAGCAAAGCAGCUUUCGUUUGAUAAACAAAAACUUGAAAUGAAGAACAAUGCCGCUUUGAAUUUUAAUGGUUAAGAUAAUACCUAUAAGUUUGUUGCAGAAACAGAGCUAGAAAAUAAGGAGUAAAGUUCGCUCUUUUAAAAUCAAAAUGAGUUAACAUUCUUAACAUCACAAAACUCUUCAGAACUUACAAAUAAGCUUACAAGUUCAUAAAUGGUUUAAUUGAUGGCUUUUAAUUCUAAAAAGCUUUAAGAAUAAAAUCAUAAAAAAGAAGGAAAGAGCCAUUAAGAUUAACGAAGCUCUUCCUCAUCAUCCUCAGAUCGCAAAAAGAAGAAGAAGAAAGAUAAAAAGAUCAAAAAAGAAAAGAAAGAAAAAAAGGACAAAAAAAAGAAAAGUAAAUCUUGA